GGUCAUGUUUCCUAUCUGUAAGCUUCUAUGGCGAGACCAUUUUCUAUCGACACUAAAGACGUCCCCGAUUUGCUACUGGAUGAGCGGGAGCAAGGAAGUAUCUCUCGUAUGAUUUUGCAUCAUAUGAUUGACCGGUGUACAAUCCUUUGCUCGGGCGAAUGUGUCGGAUCGGCGACUGGGCAAAGAAGCCUCACCUCUUCCCCGCGCGAAUAAAACGACUAUGCAAGGUCGCGCCUUCGCCCCGUCCUAUUAUCCAUCAAGAAGCACAGCGGAAAAAAAGCAAACCGGUGGGCGUCGGGCGAUAGUGCAUUUGUCGCCUUGUCCCCUUGCACAGUCGGCCUGGCAGCCCGAGGAGCAUGGCCAGAGCCAGGCUGCACUGCGCCAGAGCCAGCCAGUCGAGUUGCUUCCAGAAUCGAGGCCGGCGUCCUGGCGCCUGGCAUCUGUGCAACGCCUGCGCUUACGAGUGGCCGUCUGCAGAUCUGGCGACUGGGAGGCUUCCGAUAAUGUAUGACGGCCCAACGAACCUUGUUCCCCCGGCCUGGAGGCGGGAGGCCAGGAGCCCGUCCGACGGGAGGAGCGCCACAGUCUGGCGCCGCCAGUUAUCAGCCGGGCCCCAGCAGAGGCCACGAGCCCGCCGCGAGGUCUGGGCAGUCCCGGGCCUUGAGCAAGGAGGUGGGACAGGUCGGGUUGCAUGCAGGACUGCAGCAGCCGUUGGCGAGCGAUCCAAAGGGUUGUUUUUGGGGCCAAUUUGCCAAUCAGAUGCGGCGCGCAUGCAGCUGUCGGCCCCCAUACCCCUAACGUUGACGUCUCGGGCAUCCUUGAUUGGAGCUGUAGCCCACAAAUGGCUGGAGGAUGCGGCGUUGGGCCCAAAGUUGAAGCAGCCUGUCAUACAAGAGCCGACGUCGCUGGUGGGGGGCAGUUGGCGACAAUUGGAGCCUCUGAGUGGCGCGCAGUCCAGGCUGGGUUGCUGGCCAGAGCGGGCCCCCACCUGCCUGCAGCCUGGUUGUCAUGGGUGGGCGCGCUGGCCAGUCAACACGUCCAGCCCUUGCGACGCUGAGCUGCACAGCCAGACGCAUGCGUCGAGCUCAAGCCCCAUCAACUGAACUCGCUGCAAUUGACUGAUCUUUGGCCCGUCAAUCAACCCCUGCCCGCGGCUUCCUCCCCUGGCUGCAGCUCACCUGAUUUUGAGAGUCUCAACCUGAUCGCUGAUUGCUUCUUGGGAGCCACGACGGCUUGGCUCCCGUGCUUCGGCGGCGACCAGCCCCCUCUCCCCGUUUGUAUCCUCCUUGCCUGCCCUCCCCUCCUCAGGCAGGCUCGACUUCCCCAGAGCGGGAGGCAUCCAUCUCGACCCAAUUCUCCGUGUCGGCGGCAGGACAAAGACGGCCUGUUUGAGCCCAACUGCGCAUGCACUCCCCCCAUCCUUCCACACAUAAGAAGGAAAUACGACAUGCCGACCCGCUCCUGAAGCAUCACCAUCCACAUGUCGUCCUCUGACUCCCUGGACUGGUGAUCGCCGUCGCUACCGGCCAGAGCCCUGGUUUCACCCCGCGAGCCCGCACUGCGAAUCGUGAGGGUAAACAAACGCUUUUGCAAGACGCCAGCAGAGGCGCUCCGCGUGGCCACCACGCCUGAGAAACGCCGCCGCCCACCAGUCGUGAUGCCCUCCCCAGCCACCAAGAUGCUGAACUACAUCCGACGUCCUGACCCUAAGGGGAACAGCGCCCCAGGGAGCCCACGGGCCGUGAGCCACGACAUGACGCAGGAGGCGCAUAACCAACAGAUGCGGCAGCGGCAGCAACAGCAGUCACAGCAGUCGCAGCACCUGCAGCACAAACAGCUGCCGCCACAGCCAACGCCGCCACGCACACAACAACAGCAGCAGCAGCAGCAACAGCAGCAGCAAGUCCAACCACAACGGAACCAACCCCAUCAGCAGCGCGCCUUGGCACCAGCGCACUUUUCGCCUCCGCGCGCAGUAUCCAGGCAGACAACAUUCGAGUCUGCCAAACUCCCCAUUCCGAAAUUGGCUCGACACACAUUGAACCAGCCCGUAUCGGCGCCUGCUACCACCCAUUCUUUCGGGCUACACCAGCGUGCAAACUCGGACGGAUCCCGUAUCCAUGCACCCCCACCCGAUGCCAACGCUACCGCGGCGGCCCGAGGGCAGCACGACGCAUGGGAGGACUCUACCGUAAAUUCGCUUCUGGAGAGCGACGCCCACUCUGUGACGGGACAUAUCCGCAGGCCUGCGGUGGUGGCCUAUGAGCCGCGCCCCCCUCCCACUUCUGCUCUCCCGGCUCCUCCACGUCGGUCGCAGCCUGUGAAGAGCGAGCCUGCCAAGGUGCAGCACCCGUCAACAAGUGAACUGGACCGCCCGCCCUUCGUCUUUGGCGACGGCGGCCUCCUUAAAGUCAAUGACCACACCCGCGGCCCUGGCCCCAGCGUGACCACCUUGGAUAGCAGCGUGCAAAGUGGCAUCCUCGUGGAGACAGGUCACCCUGUCGAGGACCCUUACGCUGACAACACGGAUCACGAAACAACGCCCAAGAAACUGGAGCAUCCACUGAAGCACAGCAAGCUGUCCAUCAGACACAACAGAGACGCCAGCCGAGACACCCAAGACAGCAGGGACAAGAGGGCGGGCUCGGUGUAUUCACGCCAAGACCGCCGCUUCAACGGCUCUCCAGAGCCGUACAAUAGGGGCCGCGAGGAUAUCGGACGAUUUAGAAUGGACUCUGAUACCAGGGGCCUAGUCCACCAGCGCUCUACGCACUUCUACGGCAUCGACCCGCCGGCCCAGAGGACAGCGCCCGAGGACGACGACAACAUGAGCGACCCGCCAUCCCAAGGCGAGGAGGCAACUGUGACGCUGAAUCCGCGUCCCCCGAACGGACAGCUGCCCGCUAGCCCCACCAAGGCCACCUCCAAGACCAGACAGCCCCCGCCGGCUGCCCAGGUCGUGAACGGCGUCCGGCCCGUCCCUACCACGCGCGCGAACAGCAACCACGGGAAGUUGGCCCCGCAGCCGCCAGCAAAGAAACGCCGCAUGAGUUUGGAUUAUGACGACCACAUGCUCCAUCGCAUGAGCUACUCGGAGCUGCGAUCCGAGCCCUUCGACCACGACCCGGCGACGACCACGGCGCAACCGGCAAAGCAGCCAUCGUCGGGUGAUAGCCUGACCGAGAGAUUGGAGCACUACCAGGACCAGGACGAGAACGCGCAGCAUCAGUUCUUUAGCCAGGUCUCGGUAGCGGAGUGGGAUGAGUGCGGCGACUGGUUCCUGGAGCGGUUCGGCGAGGUUGUCGGCAAGAUCAAGAAGGCCCGCCGCGGCAAGCGCAAAAUCACGGCCCAGUUCGAGGAACAAGUCUCGGCGCGCGAGGAGCUGAUAAGGGGCAAGAUGGAGUACAUCGACCGAACUCUCUUCAGCCUCAAGCAGGAGGGCGAGGUUAUGAUGAAGGGGAAGGAGGUGGAACUGUAAUACCCUGCCGAAUCUGGCACUGCGCCUUGGUCGGGUUUGAUUUUGCUUUGUUGUCCAUACCAAAGAAUGACCAAGGCAACUCUUGGGGGAGUCCGGCGAGAAAAUCAGUCGGCAACUCCCACAUGUCUAUUCUCUAUGUCUUCUCUUCUCCUGUUUUCCCUCCCUGUUUACUCACCUAACGACGAUAUAUGACCAGCUAUAAAGGUGGACAAAAGCCAAGGCUAGAGGGUAGCAUUGCAGCUUUAUGAUUGGGGACACCAUUUUACGGCAUGAUAGCUUGGAGCAGGUAUCACGGGCUUGCUGCACUUCAGGGGUGAUUUCGGUGGCAAGGAUUAUCUGGCACUAAUGGGAGCAUGUCAGCCGGCUUGCUUCUUGGGCUGACGAGGUAUACUGGGACGUCAUGUGCUUUUACACAUUGCAGGAAAAUAGUCGAGCUAGCAGGAAACAAGGAAAUGAGCCAUCCGCAAUCGUCUCUCUGCCCCUUCACAGCACAAUUGACUCCUUGACCCGCCUGUCCUUAUC